GGUGCCGGGUCUCAGCGCCCCGGGCGCCUACGGUGCGAGGGCCCUGCCAGCUGACGGCGCCCGCUCCGUCCCCAGCCUGGGCGCCUUCCCCGUGGCGUCCGCCGCGCCGGCGACGAGGCCGCCAGAGCCGCAGCAGGCCCCCCCCUGGCGCGCGGGCGCGGACCUGCCGCUCGACUCCACGCCAGUGGGCUCCGUGCCGCUGCGCGAGCUCGUCGCCACCCUGCGGAGCAUGGUGCGCGCCGAGGCCACGCCAGAGGGCCAGCAGGCGGAGCGCCAGCGGCUGGAGCGCCGCGUGGCCCUCCUCGAGGAGCAGCUCCGCGCCGCGCGCUCCCACCAGGAGCAGCAGCGCCAGGCCCAGGGCGCGCAGCUGGCCGCGCUGCACUCGCAGCUCGCCGAGGCCCAGCUGGUCACGCGCCAGAUGCACGAGCACUCCCUGCGGAGCCAGAGCGACAGCCAGCUGCGGGCGUGGGAGCAGAGUGCGGCGCAGAGCACGGCGGAGGCGGAGCUGCGGCAGAGCCGUGGGGAGGCGCAGCAGCUGCGCCUCGAGGCAGAGGGCCUGCGCGCGGCGCUGGUCGAGGCGAGAGUGCCUGAGACGAGGCCGCGUCGCUCAGCCGGCAGCUGGGUGCGGCGUCGGAGGCUCGCGUGAAGGACGCGGUGUCAUUCUGCAAGAGCCUGAUGUCAGUCACGUACGCCGCGAUGAUGCAGGCCCUGCCCGAGGCGUCCGACGCCCGCGUGGCCGCCGCGGAGGUCGCCGCCAGGCUGCGCGCCGUGUGCCAGCAGGCCGGAUUGGCCUCCGAGCGGGAGUUGGCGCGGCUGGCGCUGCACGACGCAGGACGCCCUGCCGCCGUGAGCCGAUUGCGGCGACGACGACGACAACGACGACGACGAC